UCAUUUUGAAACAAAAAUAUAAUGAUGUACCUUUCGACUAGCGCCCGCUAUAUUUCGCUAACUUCUUGCCGUUCUCGCGUUAUAAAUCGAUAUUCAAAAAAUUACGUGUAUAAUUAUUAUCUAAAAUUUAAGAAACAAUCUAACAAGACCAAAAUAGACACAUUAGAAUUAUUUGCAAACAAUUAAAACAAUAGACUGCGUCAAGAAUUCCAAAGGUAUUUCACGACUGUGUCACAUGCGACGUAUAUGAUACAUAAUACAUACGAUGGGGAAACGAAAAAUCACUGGCAAUGAAGGAAACCCAAAUACGGACUUACAGGAAUUUUUAAUGGAAUUAGCAGAUUAUGAACGAAAUGUCACCAAAAAUGUUUUCAAAUAUAAUGCCUAUCGCAAAGCAGCUGCCACUUUAGCUGGUUUACCCGAAAGAGUGGCGAGCGGAGAAGCAGCAAUGAAAUUGCCAGGAAUUGGUAAAAAAAUUGCGAACAAGAUAGAAGAGUUUUUAAAUACAGGAAAGUUACAGAAAUUAGAAGAUAUUAGAAAAGAUGACAACAAUGCUGCGAUUAAUUUGCUGACAAGAAUAUCUGGUAUCGGGCCUGCAAAAGCAAAAGAAUUGGUAGAAGAUGGUAUAAAGACUAUAGACAAUUUAAAGAAGCAUCAAGAUAAACUGAAUCACCACCAAAAAAUUGGUUUGAUGUACUUUGAAGACUUUGAGAAAAGAAUUCCUAGAGAAGAGAUAUGCCAGAGUGAAGAAAUUAUGAAACAUGCCAUCAGUGAGUUGAGCAAAGAGUACAUUGUAACAAUUUGUGGCAGUUACAGACGUGGUAAAAAGGAUAGUGGAGAUAUUGAUGUUCUAAUAACUCAUCCAACAUACUCAUCCAAGGAGAAAGAUGCAAAGAAAAAAGUCACGCUUCUAAAAGAUGUUGUUGAAUGUCUUGAGAAGAAAAAAUUCAUUAUUGAUACAAUAUCACUUGGGACAACAAAGUUUAUGGGUGUUUGUCAAAUUCCAAACAGUUCCACCAAAUCUUGCAGAAGACUUGACAUCAGGCUGGCACCUUAUGAUCAGUAUUAUUGCGCUGUUAUUUAUUUCACUGGAAGUGAUGUUUUCAAUAAAAAUAUGAGAAGUCAUGCUUUGGAGAAAAAAUAUACUUUAAACGAAUAUACAUUGAGGCGUCUCACAUCCGAAGGAUUACCGGGAAAACCAGAAAAAAUAACAUCAGAAGAAGACAUUUUUCGAAUUUUGGGACUGCCGUACAAAGAACCAAAAGAGCGGGAUGCUUAAAUGAAAAUAUCUAUUAUUCAUUCAGAGUCUAUUUUCUAUGCUAGUAAGUCUAUUGUUUAGAUUUUUGUUAUAGAAAUUUACUAUUUAAUGAAGACAUUUAUGUUACCUUUAUUUAUAAAAAUAAAAUACAUCAUUUCAAAAAAUCA